CACGAUUGAGCUUUAAAAAUUCCAUAAAACCGUGUUCAAAUUGAAGGCUCUAUAGCUGUGCAAUUAGUGCUUCAUUUGGGAUAAAUUGCAUCAAUUCUGCAAUUGUGUUCGUCGCGCUUCUAAAAAGCGCGAGGCUGACUGUCAAAUUCUAACGCAAAGUAAUCAUGGAGAGCAAUUGAUUUCGUUUGAAUUAAUGACGAUGCCACAAUUAGUGCGUGAAUGUUGCUGAUGAGAGCGAAGGUGCGAAUUAACGCUGCCCUGCCAAAUGUGGGUGGGCCCCGGCGUGAUGAUGGAAGAAUUGGCGGGCAAAUGUGCUGGCCGCAUGAUAGAUUGGAAUGCCAGGCAUCUGUCAAGGAGGAAUUACCGCGUGAGACGAGUGUAAUACUCUUGCAUCUGAGCAUGGAUGAUCGUCAAUCAACGCCGCAUCGUGGGUGAACUUGAGAUUCGCCGUGGAAGAAGGCUCGAGAGCAUGAGAAGUCAUUCCCGAAAUAUCACAUUCUAUAAUCUCAUCAGGCGAUGGGAGCUCUUGGUGGGACUCUGUGGAGGAUUUUCAUGAUCCUUUUUAUGCUUCUCCACGACCCAUUUUCGACAUUCCGUCGACAAAGAAUUCCGCAUCUGUUCGCCGGAGGAAUUUUAUAACUCAAUUGUGUUGCGAAAUUCUUUACCUCCUUUAUUUUCAGUAUGUGUUUUUUACGAUAAAGGGCAAUUUGAGAGGAAUGUGUCUCACUCUAAAUAAUUAUGCUCGAAGAUUUUUCUCGUUAGAGGAUAUUUUAUCGGAAUUUUAUUUGCUAAUACAGCCAGGGCAAGUGUUUGAGUGCGCAACUGUGCUAAUAAAUCAUUUUUUAUUCCCCCUGAAGUGCACAAUUUUCAAACUUCUCACACCGUCACUGGAUCUCACGAGCAGUUUGUUUUUCUUCUGCGUGCAACCAUGAAAAUGAAUCAAUUGAAUUCAGUGCGGAAUCUCGCGGCGUUUGCGUUAGUCAGUUAUUUGGUAUCACAUGCCGUCGUCGCCGCAGCCAAAUGUAAUCUCAAUCCCUUCUACAAGCCAAUUUGUGGUUCCGAUGGUAAGACCUACGGCAACAUUGACAUGCUCAACUGUAUCAAUAUUCAUCGACCAUUCCACAGAAGAAUUCACGUGGUGAGGAAGGGUGAAUGUGCAGCGCUUCUCUGUCCCAGUUAUGAAGAUCUACAGGGUCCCUGGACCAGUGAUACGAUUGUAUGUGCCAACAACGGCUACAGCUAUGGACAUCCCCAUCAAGUGCGCUGUCUCAGGGCAUUCAUACCAAGUAUAAAUAUUGCCCACGAGGGCGGAUGCACAAUUCACGAGGUGAGAAAAUCACUCAACAGACACUUCCGCAAGAAGGCAUGCUCGCUUCCGAGGCGACAAUUUGAGAAGAACAUCGUCUGUGGCCACAACAAUAAAACCUACGUCAACCCAUUCGAUGCACUCUGUUCCCAUCCGAGGAUUCACGAGAAAUUGGGCGGCAAGUGCUUCUGUCCCUUUCAGGUGAGCUGCGAAUUCGCCUCCCGCCUCAAUCGCUCCUUCUACAACGCAACCAGAGCCGAGAAGGAGCGAUACAUUGUCUGUGGCAGUGACCGCAAGACAUAUCGCUCGCACUUCCAUCUCGAGUGUUCCCGCCGUCUCAAUCGAUAUCUGUACCGAGUAAGCAACGGGGCGUGCAAGAAGGACAAGGACACCUGUCCACAGUGGCUGAAGUUCGUCAAAACACCGACUCCUGUCUGCGGCUCGGACAAGAGGUCCUACAUCUCAUACGAAGCUCUCCUCUGUGCCGCUUCGCGGAUACGCAAGAACUUAUUCUACGUCCAUUCUGGCCCGUGUAUUGAGUAAAGCAAUGCCAGCGACUUCAUCUGAAAGCUCACUGAAAGUUGUUGCGUUCCGGAAUCGAUUAAUCAUGCGUUUUUUUCUUCAUUGCACUAAUUUAAUUGAGUAAUUUAAGUUUGACCAACUGAGGCUUCAGGAGGAAAUUGUGACCACAGUGUCUGAUCUCUCCUCGCCUCAGUGAAUAAAAUGUUAGAAUAAUCUGUGAUAAAUUGGAAUUUCUUGUUGAAGCAUCUCGUGGAAUAAAUGUGUAACCAUAAACUGUCUCGAUAGUGAAUUUCGGAAGAGAAUUAUUGGGCCCGUCUUCGCCAGGAAAAACUGUCUCAUCG